AUGAGCUCGCAGUCGAGCAUCGAUGUCCCAGCGGGACAGUCUCCCCCCUUCGCAGCGGUCACCCCUGACGAUCAUGAAGCAUAUAUCUUGAUCUCAACGGCCUUCGGGUUGGCCUGUUUUCUGUUCUUCGCGGGCAUCAGAACCGUGGUCCGUACCACCAUCAGCCAUGGUAUUGGCUUCGACGAUUAUUUGUUCUAUGCCGCCACGGUGCUGGCCGUCAUCCAGUCGUCCGUCGUCCUGGGAGCAUGCUCCAAAGGCCUGGGGAAGUCCCUACAUCUGGUUUCCCUGGAGGCGCAGCAUGAUAUUCAGAGGAUGACCUACACCAGCAACCUCUUCUUCAUCCUCAUCAUCGGCCUCUCCAAGAUCUCCAUCGUGUCCUUCCUCCACCGCAUAUCGCGCAUGAAGCAGCACAGGCUAGUCUUCAACAUUGCCAUGGGACUCCUGGGUGUUUGGACAUUGGGAGCCUUUCUGGCCGUCGCCUUCCAGUGCGAUCUGUCGCAUCCGUGGUUGACCGUCAAUCAAAAGUGUCCCGGAGUGCUUCGACGCUGGCAAGUCAUUGGGGCACUGGACAUUGUGACCGAGGUCGCGAUUAUAGCUCUAGUCGCCUACCUGGUACACGAUCUGCAGACGUCAGUCUCGAGCAAAAUGACGGUCCUGUCCAUUUUCGGGAUCCGCCUGUUUCUCAUCAUCUUCAUCGCGUUCCGUUUGCACACCUUUAGCCAGAGUGGCUACACCACGAACCCUUUGCUGCGAGAAGCUACCUUUGUGGCGUGGACACAGAGCGAGAUGACCUACUCGCUGAUUUCGGCCACCGUCCCCAUCUUCCACAAUUUCCUGAAGAGCUUGAGCACUGGCUUCGGUGGCAUGCACGCCGAGAGCAACGGAUACGGAUACGGUAGUGGCACACGCAGCCAGGCCCUCGGACAGGACUCCAAGGGGUUUCAACUGUCCAAGCUGAGAUCCAAGAACAAGAGUGCCGCGAUGCCGUCCAUCAAUGACGACCGAGACGGGUACUACGGUCAGGCGAAAGCCAUGACGGCUGAACAGCUUGCCGGAGGUCCCACAGCGUCGACCACAGUGCAGUGGUCCGGCGGUGUCAGAGGAUCAAAUGGGGAAACAACCAGCAUCAACAGCGACGAAAGCCAACGCUACAUGAUCAGGAAGGACGUGCAAUGGGAAGUGAGAACGGAACUCAGGGAAUGA